AAAUUGCCAUGGACUACACGAGCGAUUCGAAUGUGUCGCAGGAAGAUGCGUGGGCCGUGAUCUCUGCGUACUUCGAGGAGAAGGGGCUAGUGCGCCAGCAGCUGGACUCGUUCGAUGAGUUCAUCCAGAACACGAUGCAGGAACUCAUCGACGACUCCCGGGACAUCCGCAUCACCCCCGAGGCGCAGUACAACCCUGGCCAGAAGACCAACCGCGUCACGGACACGAUCUACCAGAUCCAGUUCGGCCAGAUCUACCUGAGUAAGUGUACGAUGACAGAGAGCGACGGAAGCACCUCUGUGAUGUUCCCGCAUGAAGCGCGGCUUCGCAACUUGACGUACUCGGCGCCGUUGUACGUGGACGUGACGUGCCAAAAGUACCAGGCCGGCACGGUUCCGAUUGAGGAACAGGACCCGUACGAGGAAGAGACGACCGCGAAGGAAUUCAUCGGGAGCAUCCCCAUCAUGUUGCGGUCCAAGUAUUGCGUGCUGACGGACAAAUCGGACAAGGAACUGACGGAACUGAACGAGUGCGUGUACGAUCAAGGCGGGUACUUUGUCAUCAACGGGAGCGAGAAAGUGCUGAUCGCGCAGGAGCGCAUGAGCAACAACCACGUGUACUGUUUCAAGAAGUCGAGCAUCUCCAAGUACUCGUGGGUGUGCGAGACGCGCAGCCACGUCGAGCGCGGGGUGCGGCCCACGUCCACCAUGUACGUGCAGAUGUACGCCAAGUCGGGCGGCAAGUCAGCCGUGUCUGGCCACCAGAUCCGCGCCGUGAUCCCGUACAUCCGCCAGGACAUCCCCGUCGUGAUCAUCUUCCGCGCGCUGGGUUUCGUGGCCGACCGCGAGAUCCUCGAACACAUUUGCUACGACUUUACCGACGUCGAGCUCAUGGAGCGCUUCAAGCCUUCCCUCGAGGAGGCGUUUGUGAUCCAGGAGCAGGAAGUCGCGCUCGACUUUAUCGGUCGCCGCGGGUCCGCCGUGAACGUAUCCAAGGCCGAUCGGUUGCGGUACGCGCAAGAUAUCUUGCAAAAAGAAAUGCUUCCCCACGUGGGCGUAGAAGACCACAACGAGACGAAAAAAGCCUACUUUUUGGGGUAUGUCGUGCACAAGCUGCUCAUGUGUUCACUGGGCCGACUGGGCGAAGACGACCGCGAUCAUUACGGGAACAAGCGGCUGGACCUGGCGGGACCGCUGCUGGGCGGCCUGUUCCGCGUCUUGUUCAAGAAGCUGACCAAGGACGUCAAGGGGUACCUGCAAAAGUGCGUGGACGCGGGGCGCGACUUCCAGCUAAGCCUAGCGAUCAAGUCGAAAACCAUCUCCAACGGUCUGCGGUACUCGCUAGCUACGGGUAACUGGGGCAUGCAGAAGACCGCGUCCAAGGCGGGCGUGUCGCAGGUGCUCAACCGCCUCACGUAUGCGUCUUCAUUGUCCCAUCUCCGCCGACUCAAUACUCCGCUGGGGAGAGAAGGCAAGCAGGCCAAACCCCGCCAGCUGCACAAUACGCAUUGGGGUAUGAUCUGCCCCGCGGAAACCCCCGAAGGACAAGCGGUCGGACUCGUCAAGAACCUCGCCCUCAUGGCGUACAUCUCGGUGGGGUCCCCCCAAGCACCCAUCUUGGAGUUUUUAGAGGAGUGGUCUACUGAAAACCUCGAGGAAAUCACGGCACAGAUCAUCCCCACUGCCACCAAGAUCUUUGUCAAUGGCAACUGGGUCGGCGUCCACCGUGAACCCAACGAACUCGUCAAAACCCUGCGAUCGCUCCGUCGAUGCGUCGACAUUGACGCCGAAGUGUCUGUGAUUCGCGACUUGAUGCAAAAGGAGCUGCGCAUCUACACGGACGCCGGCCGCGUGUGUCGUCCGCUGUUUAUCGUAGAAAACAAUCGGCUUUUGCUGCAAAAGCAGCACGUGGUCAAGCUGCAAAACCACAAGCACACGCAGUUUCGGUGGCAGAACCUGCUCACGGAGGGCGUCGUGGAGCUAAUUGACACAGAGGAAGAGGAGGUUUGCAUGAUUGCUAUGGAGCCCAAGGACCUGCGCAACGCCCGGUCGCUGUACACGCACUGCGAAAUCCACCCGUCUAUGAUUCUCGGUAUUUGCGCGUCCAUUAUUCCGUUCCCAGACCACAACCAGAGUCCACGUAACACGUACCAGAGUGCCAUGGGCAAGCAAGCAAUGGGAAUUUAUAGCUCCAACUUUCGCGCGCGUAUGGAUACGAUGGCAAAUAUAUUGAAUUACCCGCAAAAGCCACUGGUGACGACUCGCGCGAUGGAAUAUCUGCACUUUCGAGAACUUCCCAGUGGCGUCAACGCGAUUGUGGCCAUUGCUACGUACACGGGAUACAACCAGGAAGAUUCUCUCAUUAUGAACCAAAGCGCGAUUGAUCGAGGCCUGUUUCGAUCGACGUUUUACCGAUGCUACGUGGACCAAGAGCGCAACAAAUCGCCGCACGGGAUUGGCGGCGGGUCUGGCUUUCUCAAUUCAGAGGAGUUUGAAAAGCCCACGCGCGCCACGUGUCUGCGUCUAAAGCACGGAUCGUACCAUAAACUAGACGCCGAUGGGCUCGUGGCCCCAGGUACCCGCGUAUCCGGCAGCGAUAUCAUCAUCGGCAAGACGUGUCCAUUGCCCAGCAACGACGAGAACGGCCUGGAAGCCCGCCAUCAGAAGCGCGACGCUUCGACGACACUGCGGACCCACGAGAAUGGCAUUAUCGACUCUGUCAUGCUGACCACCAACGCCGAGGGCUUCAAGUUCACCAAAGUGCGGUUCCGCAAUAUCCGCAUACCCCAAAUAGGCGACAAGUUUGCAUCACGACACGGACAAAAGGGAACGAUUGGCAUGACGUAUCGCCAGGAAGACAUGCCGUUUACGAUCGAAGGUGUGACGCCCGAUAUUGUCGUCAACCCCCAUGCGAUUCCGUCGCGCAUGACCAUUGGACACUUGAUCGAGUGUCUUCUGGGUAAAGUCAGCUCCCAGACCGGUGACGAAGGCGACGCGACGCCGUUCACGGACGUGACGGUGCAGGCCAUCUCGGACACGCUGCACAGCCUCGGGUACCAGCGGUUUGGGAACGAAGUACUGUACAACGGACACACGGGGCGGCGUCUCCAGGCGCAGAUCUUCAUUGGGCCGACGUUUUACCAGCGACUCAAGCACAUGGUGGACGACAAGAUCCACUCGCGGUCCCGCGGCCCCGUGACCAUGCUCACGCGGCAGCCGCUCGAGGGCCGCGCGCGCGAAGGCGGUCUUCGCAUGGGCGAGAUGGAGCGCGACUGUCUGAUCUCGCACGGGUCUGCCAACUUUUUGAUGGACCGGCUCUUUGCCAACUCGGACGCGUACCGCGUGCAUGUAUGUGAUCUGUGCGGGAUCAUCGCGAUUGCCAACUUGAGAAAGAUGACGUUCGAGUGCCGCACGUGCCGCAACAAGACGCAGAUCUCCCAGGUGCACAUCCCGUACUCGUGCAAACUGCUCUUCCAGGAACUCAUGGCCAUGAGCAUCGCGCCCCGCCUCUUUACCAUGGGCAACCCCAACCUACUCGUCAAAGCCUAGGAUAUAUCGAUUUUAUAGUACUAAAACAAGAGCACGUCAAUAUUAGGGGGUUCCAAGUUGUCCCCUAUAGUGAAAAAACAGUCGAUUGCAUGGUCGA